CCGCCUUUCUUGUUCUGAACUUGGAGAGCGAGUUUGUCUGAGAUCCCGAGUCCUCCGAGUCGCCACCCUGAAAUCGCUCUCUGUAAUCGCCAAGAGUGUGGUCCUGUGUCUCGACUGAAUCGUGUGGUGUGGGGGGGUUUGCCAUUAAAAUAUUAAAAAUCGGUUACAUCUGUCGGUAUGUCUGUGAUCUCCCAUGCUUUAAAACUCGGUUCAGAGGUGAAAGUCCGUUAGUGUGCACCAGACCUUCAGAUCGGUUUGUGAAGCCUCUGGUUGCGGAGAUGGCUGUAGCUCUGCGAGCUGGUCGCAUUCGGAGGGCAGCGCUGAACAGUGUGGAGACGGGGUGGAGGUCCAGCCACAGCACUGCGAUCAAACCCCAGUACGACGCGCUGAUAAUCGGUGCAGGACACAAUGGACUAAUUGCUGCUGCAUAUCUGCAGAAGGGGGGCUUAAAAACAGCAGUUCUAGAGCGCAGAAAUGUUCUUGGUGGAGCUGCAGUGACUGAAGAGAUCAUUCCUGGCUUCCAUUUUUCACGGGCUGCUUAUCUCCUCAGUUUGCUGCGUCCUCACAUCUAUCAGGAUCUGGAGCUCAAGAAACAUGGACUGAAGGUGUACUUGAGGGAUCCCCAUGCCUUUACCCCCAUGCUGGAAGAAGGGGUCAGGGGGCGGCCCCCUCGCUCUCUUUUACUCGGCAGUAAUCUGGCAAAGAAUCAGAAAGGGAUUGGAAAGUUCUCAGAGAAAGAUGCAAAGGCUUACCCUGAGUAUGUUGCACAUUUGGAGAAGCUGGCCUGUGCAAUUCACCCACUCCUUGAUGCGCCACCUGUAGACAUCCCAGGAGUUAUCGAGGGGUCCUUGAGGAAAAGAAUAGCAGCUAUGAAGAGUUUGAAACCUUUAGUAAAGUCUGGGCUGAAACUGGGAAAAAACAUACCAGACUUUUAUGAACUCAUAACAGCUCCAGCAAUGAAGGUUUUAAAUCAGUGGUUUGAGUCUGAGCCAUUGCGAGCAACGUUAGCCACUGACUCUGUAAUAGGAGCCAAUACGAGCCCCAACAACCCUGGUAGUGGGUAUGUUCUCUUGCACCACAUAAUGGGUGAGCUGGAAAAGGAAAUGGGGGCCUGGGGUUACGUGGAAGGGGGCAUGGGUGGUGUCUCCAAGUCCAUUACUAACUCUGCACGCUCCCUUGGAGCAGAUAUCUUUACUGAACAGGAAGUUAGUCAAGUUCUGAUUGGACCAGGUCAUACUGCCAAUGGUGUUGUGCUGAAAGAUGGUACUGAAGUUCACAGUAAAGUGGUUCUAUCCAAUGCUACUCCCUAUGUAACCUUCAAACAUCUUACUCCACAGGAUGCACUUCCUCAGAAGUUUAUUAACGCUGUUGAUCAGAUUGAUUACACCUCUCCUGUCACCAAAAUUAAUGUGGCUGUGGACAAACUGCCAAAUUUCUUGGCUGCCCCGAAUACAGCUGAUGGAAAGCCAGGGCCACAUCACCAGUGUUCCAUUCACCUGAACUGUGAGAGUGUGGCGAUAUUAGAGGCAGCAUAUAAGGAGGGCCAGCAAGGGCGCCCUUCCUCAAGACCUAUGAUCGAGAUGACUAUACCAUCUGUGCUGGAUCCCACUCUCGCCCCACCAGGCUGUCAUGUGGUGUCUUUUUUCACACAGUUUACACCUUACUGGUUGGAAGGGGGACGAGCAUGGACAGAUGAGGACAGGGAGAAAUAUGCAAAUACAGUGUUUGAUAGUGUUGAACGUUAUGCACCUGGAUUUAAGCAGUCAAUAGUUGGCAAGGAUAUUUUGACUCCUCCUGAUCUGGAAAGAGAAUUCGGUCUCACUGGAGGGAAUAUUUUCCAUGGUACUAUGUCAUUGGAUCAGCUUUACUUAGCAAGACCUUUGCCAUCAAUUGCACACUACCGCACACCAGUCAAAGGCCUGUACCUGUGUGGCAGCGGCAGCCAUCCCGGUGGGGGUGUGAUGGGUGCUGCUGGCUGGAAUGCUGCCCUGACUGUCCUGGCUGACCUUAAACACUGAUGAAGUGUCAGCUGGGUCUGAAACACAUGGCGUUCCACACAGCAAAGCCAUUAGAGCUGCCUCAGAUCCCAAACUUAAUAAGCUAAAUUAAAUUAUUCCUUGAGUUAAAUUUAAGAAAAAAAAAUCAUUCUGAAUCACUACAGGCAGCAUUGCCUUGUUUCUCAAUAAUAAUGAUGCCAGCAUUUUAUGAAAGCACUUGGUCUGUUGUUGGUGAUGCUCGUUGUGCAACCUCGACUAACCAGACCCUUAUAUCUUAUAACACACAUUACUGAAAUUUAUACUUCGACUAAUUUCUACUGCAUGACCGAUGAAUGUCUAAAUAUUAAAUAAUAUUUUAAAAAUCAUUUUUAAAUUCAAAGUGUUAAUUUUAAUUAUUCUGUCUAAAGAUGGGAAUUGAUAGGAUUUUAUUGAUAUUGAUCCCGUUAUUGAUUUUGCUUAUCGGUUUGAUUCUUUACAGAUUCCCUGAUCAGUUUUUUGUAUGGGAAGAAAAAUAGGCCUCCACAGGUUUUCGGUGUCAGUGCAGCUGUUUUAUUAGCACAGUGUAGAAUGUCGGCCAAGUAACAUUUGAACAUCCAUCCAUUAUCUGCAAUCGCUUAUCCUGUGCAGGGUCGCGGGCAAGCUGGAGCCUAUCCCAGCUGUCUAUGGGCGAGAGGCAGGGUACACCCUGGACAAGUCGCCAGGUUAUUGCAGGGUUGACACAUGGAGGACAACAACCAUUCACACUUAUGGUCAAUUUAGAGCCACCAAUUAACCUAACCUGCAUGUCUUUGGACUGUGGGGGAAACCGGAGCACCCGGAGGAAACCCACGCAGACCUGGGGAGAACAUGCAAACUCCACACAGAAAGGCCCUCGUUGGCCGCUGGGCCCGAACCCAGGACUUUCUUGCUGUGAGGCGACAGUGCUAACCACUACACCACCAUGCUGCCCAACAUUUGAAUAUGUUAAAAUAAAUUAUAGGGAAGCCAUGGCCUAAUGGUUAGAGAAACAGCUUUGGGACCAAAAGGAUGCUGGUUUGAUUCCCUAGACUAGCAGGAUUGGCUUAAGUACCCUUGAGCAAAGCACCUAACCCCCAACUGCUCUGGCAAGAGUGGUGGUGUACCUUGUGUCUGAUUAGCCAAAGAAAAACUCAUCUCAUCUCAUUAUCUCUAGCCGCUUUAUCCUGUUCUACAGGGUCGCAGGCAAGCUGGAGCCUAUCCCAGCUGACUACGGGCAAAAGGCGGGGUACACCCUGGACAAGUCGCCAGGUCAUCGCAGGGCUGACACAGACACAGACAACCAUUCACACUCACAAUCACACCUACGGUCAAUUUAGAGUCACCAGUUAACCUAACCUGCAUGUCUUUGGACUGUGGGGGAAAACCGGAGCACCCAGAGGAAACCCAUGCGGACAACAUGCAAACUCCGCACAGAAAGGCCCUCGCCGGCCACAGGGCUCGAACCCGGACCUUCUUGCUGUGAGGCGACAGUGCUAACCACUACACCACCAUGCUGCCCCAAAGAAAAACUGAUGAUAUGAUUAUCAGUUUGGGCAUUGAACCUGACUGAAAAUAAAUUACAAUGCUCCUUUUCAAAAGGGAAUAAGCUUGAACCAAAUAUAAAACUGACACAUAAACUCAACAAUUCUAUUGCAGAAAAUCUGCUAAAUUUAGCUAAAUCUUAAAUUUUUCUCUGAGAGGAUCUGCUAAAUAUGUUAAGCAAGCCUGCCUGCAUGGAGCUAAUGUUAUUUUAUUCAACAGUUAGUUCCGAGCCACUAUUUGAUUUGUCGAGUGUCAUUCCAAGAGUGCUGAUAUUUACUCAAACAGCACUGGGAUGUUUCACUGUGUCGAUCACUCCACUUGUCUGUGUUUGCUACAUAAAAUUACACUUCCUAGUUUGAAAUGUUUGCUACAGUAGCGUUAGAGACAUCAUUAUCGGACAUGUCAAUCAAUAGCUACUUUUCAAGAAUAUAACUUAUUUUUUUUAAAUAUGAAAACUCAUCACGUGAAGAAACAGAAGGAGGGAUGUCAGUUUUACCGGAAAUACCUUUAACAAAAAUUAAGUAUAAAUGAAUGUGAGCUCACUAGCCAGCUGACUGACAGGCUAUAAAGUGAGUGUGGCUUCUUCAGGAUCUAUUUCUGCUAGCAAAGCAACAAUAAACAGAACGUUUGGCCUUA